GUGAGCUCAAAUACACACUCCUUAUCGAUUCAUUAUCAGAAGUGAAGCGGUGAGCGGCAGAUCUAAAGUGAGUUCUCGGUCCGUGAAAAAGGCUAGUUUCUGUCCCCUGAGUGUCGCGUCAAGUGACACAAAUUGAAAUUUGGAAACUCAGAUCCAAAAUGUGGAAAUUUAUUUUACUGGCCCUAUUUUGUGGGUCAUUCGUUUCAGCAAAAGAAUAUAAGAUCUGUCGAUCAAGUAGCGGGAAUAAUGAUGAUGAAUGUGCAAGGAUAAAAAAAGGGGAUAGUAGUGUAUCAUGUGUGAAGGUUCUGGAUGCCACAGAUUGUGCUCUUAAAUUAAUCAAAAACGAAGUCGAUUUCGGAGUUUUUACUCCCGACGAACUUUUCCUGAUAUAUCAAGUUUUUCCCAAUAGAAUCAAAGUUUCCCAUGAAUUACGACACAGAGAGAGGACAGAAGAAAUAUUUGAGCAUCAAAUGGUCGCUUUGGUAUCGCUCAACGAAACUACUGGCGAUUUAAAUUCUUUCAAGGAUGGAGGCUUAUGCCAUCCUGGAUUUGUAGAAACGCAAUCUUUCAACGAUCGUAUUUUGAAAGAAUUUGAGAGGAGCGCUACUGGAUCUGAAUGUAACGAAGAACUAACUUAUGCUGAAAAUGAGCUUCUCAAUUUGAACAAAUUCUUUGGCAAAAGUUGUCGACCGGGACGCUGGGUUGCAGACCAGACAUUAGAUGCUACUCUUAAACAAAAAUAUCCAGAAUUGUGUGCGCUCUGUGGAAAUAAGACAGCCUGCUCGUAUACUAAUAGUGAAAACCAUGGUCAUAUAGGUGCCCUCGAAUGUGUAAAAGAAAAAAGAGGAAGAGUGGCUUAUGUAGCAUUGAAUUAUGCACGUGACUACGUGAAUAACAAUUAUGCAAAAGUACCAAUGUUUCAAAUGUUAUGCUCAAAUGGGACACUUAAACGCUUGGAGUUUGAUAAUCCAUGUGCUUGGGUUCAGCAACGUUGGAGUGUAAUUGCUGCAAGAGAAGAUUCAGCUGAUGAAUUAGCGCCAAAGUUGACAAAGUGGCUAGUAUCUUCGAAUAGCGAUGAUUGGACGAAAGCGUUACGAGACAUUGUAAUACGGGAUGAUCUCACUGCAAAACCAUUGCCAAAAUUAAUUCCACAUAGUGUUUAUCUAAGUGAGAAUAGAACCGCAUCCUCUCUAGAUCUUCCGGAAUACAAAAAAUGUGGCAAAGGAAUCCACUGGUGUACAAUAAAUGAAGCAGAGAAAAGUAAAUGUCAGUGGGUUGCGAACGCGGCUGCUAUUUUUGGAAUUACACCAAAAAUUUCGUGCGAGAAAACCUCUUCAUAUUUUGAGUGUUUCCGAAGUAUCAGUGAAGGUAAAACUGAUAUCAUGACUAUAGAUUCUCACUAUGGAUAUGUAGCCAGAAAAGGCUUCAGUUUGUCUACUGUGAUUUACGCUGAUAUUGAUGGGGAACAAAGCAAUGUUGUCCUUGCAGUAAUUAAAAAUUCCGCAUCAUCUAAUUUUUCAAGUCUUCAAGAUUUGAAAGGCAAAAGAGCUUGCUUUCCAGAAUACGGUGGAAUUUCAUGGAUGAGUUUCCUCAACGUUGUCCGCAAAACCAACCUGACUUCUCACGGUACAUCCUGCGAUUUUAAGCAAAUCGCUUCUGAAAUUUGGAGCGAAGCUUGUGUUCCUGGAAUUGAAGACAGUAAUUACAAACGUUUACAAAUUUCUUCGAGCGCAGAUGGAAAAUCUUCCUUGUGCUCUUUAUGUUCUGAAUACAAUUGCCAAGCUAAUGACAAAAAUAUAUAUUUCCGAGAUGAUGGAGCUCUUAAAUGUAUUGAAAAUAAUGUUGCUGAUAUUGCGUUCAUCAAAACGAAAAAUUUGAAUGAUUUUACUGUAAUCGCGAAUCAAGAUCAAUAUCGCGUCUUGUGUAAAAAUGGAUCGUUGGCUACGAAUACUGGAUUUAAUGUAGAUGAUAAUUGUACCUGGGCUAUCACUAUUGACAGUGAGGUGGUGUCAAGGAAUACAAAUUCAGAGGUGGAUGAGUCGAACAUCGUUGAAGUGCUUUUGAAGUUAGAUAAGUGGUUUUCCUACUACAGAACACCAAUUCAUCUUUAUAAACAGUUUAAUAAUACAAAAGAUCUACUUUUUAAAGAUUCGACGGUUAGUUUAGUAUCUAAAACCUCUGAUUAUAAAAAAAUUCAAGCUUAUAAAGAAUUAAUGGCGGAGACAGAAAAAUGUUCCCCCUCAUCUGCAACCUUGAGUUUUCUUAGUGCAUCAUUAUUAAUUCUGUCAUUAAUUUUCAAUGUAGUUCCAUAAGCUUUUUGAUUGAAGUUCUGAAUUUAUUUGAAAUUUUAAGUUAAUCAUUUAACUUAAGAAGAAGAAUUAAUUUUUAUAAAAUAAUGUUAUCAAGAUAGUUUCCUCCUGUCUUAGUUCUUAAGAUAUUUUGUAAAAUAAAAUUUGUGAUAAAAUGUG